AUGCGCCUACAUCUACUCAUUGUGCUCGCCGUCAUCAAUUUCGUCAACGCACAAUAUCCAGUAACAUACGGAUGCGUCGCCCAGAUCGUCGCCUACAUGCCAAUGCAAAAACUCGUCAAUUUCGUCAACAAUUUGAACAAGGACGACACGCCAGCAAAGAAGAAGACCCGAGCGACCAACUUCAUUCCAAAGAAUAUAGGUAACCAUCAAUUCUCGCAGCUCGACGUUUUCAGCGACUCUUCGAAAGCGGUCGAAGCCGUUCACGGCCUCAUCGAUCAUCGUGUCGCCGUCGGCAAAUUCUGGAAUGACCUCCAACCGAGACUGGUGAAAGUUUUUAAUCAAGCCACUGCCAAAAAAUACAAGGCAAUGUGGGCGAAAACCGACAAGGUCUACGACAACGCCUUCUUCGACGCUCUCAACCAAUGGUACGCCUUCUGCCACUACCAUGCUCCCGCCGCGAAACGCACGCCGCUCUACAACGCAAUUCAAGCCGUCACCAAAAAAUACGUCAACGACACCAAGCUCAAUUUCGAGGUUCCCGGUUCCGCAUUUGAUACCCGCUUCUUCUUGAUGCUUUUGUUCGGAAUGUGGUAG